AUCUGUGGAUGCGAGACGAAAAUGGCGGUAUGGAGAGAUUACGUAGCUUGGCUUAUCGUAUAAAAAAUGUUACGGCCGGAGAAAGAGAAUUAUUCUAUGCGUGACUUUGGAUUUAUUUCAUAGGUACUCGCUGUACGCAUUUCAUACCUUUCUCAAUGGAUUAUUUGUAAAGCCGCUGCAGGUUUGCUGUGUGUGCGUGUCUGUAUAUUAUUGUAGAUCUCCGUAGUCGUAGUGUGUGUUGAAGAGCACAGGGCGGAUCGAUAAUCCUGUGUUCUGGGAGAGGGAUAUAGCCAUAGAGAUAGAAUACACAUAUUGGAAAGUGUAGAUGUUGUAGCCAGUUGGCUUUACGGUCAGAAAGGAUAACAUACACACUCAUGCAUUGGAAAUAAGAAGUGCUCGCUGGAUUUCUAGGAUUGUAAUUUUGGAUAUAAAGGUGCGUGUGUUCGGUUUCGUUGAGGAUGGUAUCUUGGGCAUAAUUGCAUCAUCAGAUACAAGGCGUCACACUAAAAUACUUCUUCCUGAUGACUUCUUCGAUUUCUUUAGAGCCUCGUGUUAAACACGAACUUAUUCCAAGCCCAUUCCUAAGCUCUUUACACGCAAACGUGUGUAUUAACACAUUCAUCGUUAACAUCGCCAGGUGUUGACUGCUCUGCUAGGUAUAGAGCAUUAGUGGUGUACGAUCACACAUGCUUCAUACAUUGUAAUAUACACGGUAUAGAUAAUUCACAGCUGCGAGAAAGUGAGAAAACGUGUACUUGAUAUUACAGCACCUUGUGUCCUGUAUGUUUUUCAUUCUCUACAACGAGUGAUAUACGUGUGCGCCCUGUAAUGAAAUAGAGGCUAGUUAUUCAACGGCUGAUGGCAAAACGACGCAGGACCUAUCAGGAAGCUGAAAACAUUGCUCUAGUUAACGUAUAGGCAAAAUGCAUAAAGUCGGAAUGCGUUUGACAACUCUCUGUAUUUACCAGAACGCAAACAAGAGGUAGUUCAUUGCGUAAAAGGGAAGAAAACGGGUUUAUUCAGCAAGAAACUGACCAAGCUUGUGCUUUUCAGAUGGUCCCACAAAACUGCGCAUGGUGGAGGAAUGAAUACACACUGCCAAAUAACGUUCUUUGACUGCUACACAAGCUGUUAGGGAUCAAUGAAUGAACCGUGAUCUCAUAAAAGCUAUAUUUAUAUUUAUGUAUUUACAACUCUAUAAAUAGCGAUUAACCAUCCUGAACUGUACAUAUUUUUCACAAUUUUACAUUGUCUGUCGUAAAUUGUCAUCAUUUCAUGUUAAACCUCAGUGCCAUCACAAAUACGUUACCAAAAGGUGCCUGCUGCUCAUAACUCUAUCUCUGAAAAUUUAUGCUGAUUGAACUCUCGUCAUCCGACGUCUGACUGAACCAGAAAGCUAUGCAUAUACCGUCUACCAGUUUGAUACACAAUGGAUAACAAGCGAGUUCAUGUAAACUCAAAUGCUUUCGAGUGCUGUCAAGGAUACAUUGGUAGCCUUUAAGAAGAACGGUUCAUUGCACUGCAUUUGAGGUAGACCAAGACAUUACCGAAGCGGUUGUAAUAAUAUCACUCAGUGUCCGCUGCAGUUUCGAAAAUAAUUACGGGGGCAACAAAUGGACACCUGCCCUUAGAAAGAUUCAUACAAAUUCGGAUUGCUGCACCUGGUGUUUAGAUCACUAAACCAGGGCUGGUCCGCGGAUACACACUUGAAGCCAAGCGUUGUUGGACAUUCAGUACUGGGUCGCGAAGCGACCUAGAUGUUCCAAAUGACCGGUUUGGGUGGCUAGAAAUGAAGAAGCAAAAUGUUAGAACUUUAUCUCUUAUUGUCUGUACCUUUACCUACUUAUUAGUUGGUGCUGCAGUAUUUGACGCCCUUGAGUCUGAAAACGAAGUGGAGGAAAAAGCGAAAUUGACGAAAGUUGAGGACGAUUUUAGAACAAAGUAUAACAUAACUGCCGAGGAUUUUCAGGCUAUUACGAUAAAUGUGAUAAAGUCUGUGCCACACAAAGCAGGAAUACAGUGGAAAUUUGCCGGAGCUUUUUAUUUUGCAACAACAGUCGUCACAACUAUAGGUUACGGACACAGCACGCCGAAGACAGUCGGAGGAAAAAUGUUCUGCAUGGCCUAUGCCCUCCUUGGCAUUCCGCUCUGUAUCGUCAUGUUCCAGAGCAUUGGAGAACGACUCAACACCUUCGUCACCUUCGUGCUAAAACACACCAAAAAAUGCCUAAAGUUAAAAAAUUCCGAAGUAUCUCAAACAAAUCUUAUAAUCGUCGGAGCAAAUUUGUGUAUAAUAGUGCUAACUGCGGGCGCGGCGGCGUUUUCUUCUUACGAGGGCUGGACUUAUAUUAAUUCUAUAUACUACUGCUUUAUAACUUUAACUACAAUAGGCUUCGGUGAUUACGUUGCAUUGCAAAAGGAUAGAAGCUUGCAGAAGAAGCCAGAGUACGUUGCCUUUAGUUUAAUUUUCAUCCUUUUUGGAUUGACUGUUGUGUCGGCCGCCAUGAAUCUAUUAGUGUUAAGGUUUUUAACGAUGAAUACGGAGGAUGAACGAAGGGAGGAACUAGAAGCCGCAGCGGCGGCUCGAGGUGCUGUACGGUUGGAGGGUGACGUGAUCACAGCAAACGGUAGCGUUAUUUCUGGUGUACAAGAACAGCCUGAGUUUAGUGACCUCACGUCCGUUUGUUCAUGUUCGUGUUAUAACUUCCGCAGUAGUAAAAAACAUAGGUACACGGUAACGCGUUCCCCAGGAAAAAUCCAGCAUCUUCUGCCAAUGCAACCAGUGUCAACGUCAGGUGUAAGGGACGAGAUCUAUAGCUUUUCUGACGAUACUAACUCAAUUAUUCAGUAUCAAAUGUACAGUAAAAAACGGGCUUCGAUAUGACAAGAGUUUCAGACAACAUUUUAGAGAAACCUUUAUUCACAAUAUUCUUCUUGGUGGUGCUCGUUGGACUGGACCAAUCGUCUGCUGAGAAUUGUGUUGCGUCAUCACACUGAUAUUUUUUAUCAAGUGACGGUUAAUUUCACAAAGACGAUGUAUGAAUCCAAUCAGGAGUUCUAUUUGCGGGUAUUCCUUUGGCAGUUAAACACUAACGUCUUAUUUUAGUUGAUAUUGAAUCUUGAAUAUUCAAUAUCCAUGGCUCUUGCCCUCGGUGAGAUUAUUGCACGAAAUGGUGUCCAUUUCCUUAAUUAUAUGGACAAAUCAUGCAUCCACCGAACUAACUCUUUGUGGUGCACUGCGAGCGAUGAUUCACCGUUAUUCAAUUUUUUUGAACAAAGAUGUCAGUAUUGUGGUAUAGUCCGAAAAGUACCGCAAGUUACUUCGUCUAUUAAAUGCAAUGUUCCCGAUCUGCAGUGUUCCUUCGUGUUUCGGCAGAAUUCUAUAGACUAAUUUUUUUUUUCCUUUUCUUCGGCCAUUGUACAUAUACCGUAAAGUCCUAUUUGCAUGCAAGGCAGAGAUUUGAUCAUUGACCUCUGAAAAGGGGAGGGUAAAAUACAUACCUUUUCAUUGCAUAAUUUUAGUAAAGUCUAGUAAAAGGCAUAGUCAUGCUACCUAGGCAUUGUCAUGUUUUCAUCGCUCGCAGCGCCGUACAUGUACACUCAUGGGACAAACGUAUUCGUCGGUUGUGACGUUGUCACCGUCGCGCGGAGUGACUCGACGGUGCUUUAUGCAGCUUCGCACAAAAUACCUCCGAGGCUCAAAAACUUUUGAAUUUGUGUAUUUAAGGAGAGCAGAUAAAAACAACCUCUAGGCUAAUAUUAAUUUCAUGAUUGUAUCAUGUGAAGUGCAGAUAACCGAUCAACUUAAACAAAUCACUUCAAACCUCGCCAAUUUUCAACAGACAUAUCUUUAUUCUUGAAACUUCGCGAUAAUAUGUAAUAUCAUUAAUAUCAGUUUUCUUAAUCUUAAAUUUUUUUAAUCUUGGGGCUUAAAGCUUUUUGUGGUGCCAAAAAUGAGCCGCUUGUGUGCCGGUAAGGAGAUAUGAUAGCAAGAUCUCCAAAAGUGUGUGAAAUUCAAACAUAGCUUCCUCUUUCCAAAUAUAUUUACUUCGUACAAGUUUGCUGAGUUUUAUCACCCCAAGCUUUUCAAAUGAACAGACUUGCAUUGAAAAGGUUAAAUUCAAUGUGUCGAAUACUAUGUCCCGCGACUGUGUAUCUCCGUCCAAUGGCAAAAGCUAAAGCUUGCAUCAAACAGAAGUUUAGGAAUAACUGCCAUGCGAAUUAAAAUACGUCUUUAGUAAUAGGGUUUGGAUGGUUUUAUCAAAAAUUACUGACUGACAAAAAUGUUUAUGAUCCUCCAUGCCAUGUUUAAAACCCACUGUGAUAGCUGUUUUCACCCGUCAGACGUAAAGGAAACAAACAAAGCAGUAAGUUAUUUUAAUGCAUUUGGUACCUGGCCUACUGUAGUUAGGAUACUCCAUCUUGUUUGCUAAGUUUUCCUUCUGUCGAUUAUGAUGGCAGUCAUGGGUAUGAUUGAUCAAAACAUAGGAGUCCCAGAAAGGAUAUUUCGUUUCACAUUGACGAGGAUUGACGAAAUUAUCCAAACUAGGUUUUCUCCUGGUGUACUGCUUUUGAUAUAUGAAUCUCAACACAGUAACAAUUUGAUGUUCCUAACAGUGAUGAGGCAAUGGAGAAAGCAUAUCACGAAUAUGCGUGCAGAGAUUCGUACCCGAUAUCUUCCAAUUUAUAUCCGUUCUCAUUGUCAUCUUUAAGUCAUGCAGUAUCCGUUAGUACUGAGCCUUUACUUUUGUAAGGUAUGAGUCAGGUGGCCACAGUCACUGUUCUAAGAGAGUGUUUAGCUAAAUAUCUUGAUUAACUAAUCAUUUUAAGGACAUUUGUUGCUACAGAGUUCUUGAGCGUAGACAGCAAACAUGGAUAUGGAUGGGUACAGGACCAACUCUAGAUGAAUGUAAAAGAAAUAAAAUCCACUAUAUCCAGAAGGUGAUGAAACAAAGCCAUUUCAUACUAGUCCUUAAAAUUGUAGAAAAGCAAUUAUGAGGAAUUGACGAAUCAGUUUCAGUGUCACUUGCAAGGAGGGUUAAAUAUAUAAGUUGACCGAAGUGAUUUUGAUCAGAUGUUGUGUUAGUACAGGAAAUGAAGAAAAAUCACGACUUUUCAACAAAUCAUGCAUAAACUCAGGGCGUGAUUUGCCAUUUAGAUCAGUAAACCCAAUGGGUUAACAAUGACCUAACAAUUGGGAAGUUUACAUUGAAGGGCUCUUUAGGAAUGCUUUUGGUUUAUCAUCUGAUUACAAGAUAAUCUGUGGGGUUUUUUUACGAUAAUCUGAAAUACAGUCGUAUGUCGUAAUCAUAUAUGCACUCUAUACCAUUCGUGCCAAGAAAAUGAUUGGGUUAUCAAGAGCCUUAGUUAAACAUGACCUGUGAUGGGUUUAGUCCUAAAUUAGCUAAAUGAAUGUUUAGAGUUACGCGUCUGUAAGUUAGUUAGUAAAAUUCAGCACACACUGCGAUGUCGAUACUAAUUGUUUGUGCUUAAAACUUCAUGCAUCUUGCAUUGAUAAUUUUUGUGCUAUGCCAAAAAUAAAAACGCAAGUUCAAUUUCGCAAUA